UUUUUUUAAUUUCUUGCAGUCGCCAGUGGCAUUCCGCUACCGCAAUCGGCAGCAUAAGUACCGCACGCUCGAAUUCCACCUGAAACAGCAUAAAUGAGUAAUUAACGUAAGUUGGACCAGCUAGCGCCUGCAACAACAACUCACAAAAACGCACCGCAACAACAUGGAAGGCAUGAAUGCCAACAGCAGCAAUUUCAAUGGUAUUUCCACUAGCAAUCACAACAAUAGCAGCGCAAACAUGAACAGCAACAACAACAACAACAACAACAAUAGCAAUAACGUCAACACCAACACCAACACCAACAGCGACAUGAUUCGGCAAUCAGAGUCACCAGCACGCACAAUCGAUUCGCACGACUCCACUAUCGAUAGCAUGGAUACGAUUGUGGAUCGCAGCAUCAAUCGCGAGGAGCUCAUGCAGGCAGCCAUUGAGCAGAGCACGAACACGACAAAUGACCAACACGAUAGUCUCACCAAUUCACAAAAAUCUAUUUUACAACAAAAUAGCAGCGGCUGUAGUGAUACAGAAGAGCAUCGCCAGCGAUUGGGAAAACAAAAGCAACAGCAAACGCAAACACAAGUGCAACAAUUGCACGCAGAUGCACAAAGCCACAUUUACUCAAGUCCUGUUUAUGAUCAAAAACCACCACUGAAAUUAACAGCCGCCACUAUGAUCGCUUCCGUCACAGCUAACAACAGCCGUAACGGCAAUGGCAAUGGCGAUGGCGAUGACACAAAGAAGUCAAAACUGAUGACACACGAAGAGUUCCAACAACAGCUACAGGCAACAAUGGCUGCGCGUGCCAACACACUUGAUUCGCGUAUAAGUAAGAAACAGCGUUUUCCACCGGAAUUGAUUAAAAUCAAAGAUGGCGACGGCAGCUCAUCGAACUCGGCGAAAUAUCAUAGACGUGCCAAAUCCAGCGCCGACUGUUGUUCAGCCUUUCCAUGGCAAAUCGUUUUGGGCACUUUGCAGUUAAUGUUGGCCAUUACGCUGGUGGCGCUGGGUUCAUUGCUGAUUGUGCGCGAAGCAGCGCUUUCUACGGCGGGCUGUGGUAUUUGGACGGGCUUGGUGGCCGCCAUUACGGGUUCGCUGGGUGUGGUUAGCAUAAGAAAGACCCAGACUGCUUUCCUGGCGUUGAGUUUGGUGUGCAUAGCGACCAGUACACUGGCGUUGGCCGUUUCGGGAGUGGGCCUCUCCAGGGAUGUGAAUCGCUUGGAGGAAAAGUUUGACCUGUUGAAUGCAAACAGUGAAGUGUCAGCUGCUUCCGGUUUAAUAUUAACGUUGUUUUUGCACUUCGUGGUUAGUAUUAUAUCCGUUUAUCGCUGCGCUUUGCAGAUAUGUUCAAG